AUGUGUCCCUUGAGGAUAACACAAACCCUCAAGAAAACUUUCUCUUCUGAUUUCCUUACACAUGUCGACGACGACCAACUUUGCUGGUUUACCGAUGAAAUGGGAAAACAAGAAAAUUUAAUUUCGAUCCUAAAAGAUAGAAAUUACAUAUGUAAGCAUGGUCAUGGGAUAGUUUCACCUAUCGACGAAAACUUUUUAAACAAAUAUCGACUCAAGCAAUGGAAACCCUAA